AUGGUUCAGACGUCAAUUCGCUCCGUCACUAACUCUGCUGCGUCUGAGGCCACUGCGUCCGUCUCGCCGUCCCUUCCGCUCCUCGCCACCUCCGCGAGCGCGUUCAAAACGACCAAGUCUCCCCUGAAGCAACCUCCACGGCCGGCCGCUCUCAAACCUACCGCCCCUCUUCCUCCUCCUCCUCUUCCUCCUGCUCCUGCGUCCCCUGUGAAGCAAGGAACCAACGACACGGAUGCUGGCGGUGCAGGAUCAAAGGAUGGGGGUGAUGGGGAUGCUGGCAGUGCUGCUGGGGUCAGCGGCGGGGGGAAUAACACCAGCGUACCCAGUGUGACUAGCAGCCCGCCGAAACCGCUCAAGUCUCCGCCUAAGCCGUCCAAGAGUCCUCCUAAGCCGUCCAAGAGUCCGCAUAAGCCGGCCAAGACGCCCAAGCCGCGGAAAUCCCCGAAGCCUCCCCCGACGUCCAAGUCCCCCAAGUCUCCCCCAAAGCCUUCCGCCAGUACGCUAUCUCCGCCUGCUGUUGUCGCUGCUGCUCCGCCUGACCCUCCCUCCCCGCCCUCCCCGUCACCCUCGACCAAGCCCCCCAAAUCACCCACACCCUCCAGCCCACCUCCUCCCAAGCCUACUCCGAUCAUCAAACCGCCUAAAAGCCCUCCUCCCCCUAUUGCUCCACCAUCUCUACCCCUGCCUAAGCCCCAGAAAUCUCCCCCUCCCCCCACCCUCUCACCAUCUCCACCCUUAAAUAAGACCCAACCCCCUCCCAAAUCCCCGCCGCCUCCCAAAUCCUCACCCCCUCCCAAAUCCCCUCCCCCUCCUCAAUCCCCUCCCCCUCCCAAAUCCCCGCCCCCUCCCAAGUCUCCGCCCCCUCUCAAAUCCCCGCCCACUCUCAAAUCCCCGCCCCCUCCCAAGUCCCCGCCCCCUUCCCCCACGCCUCUACCAUCUCCCCCUCCUAAGCCGGUCAAGUCCCCCCCUCCUAUCAAACCCUCCCAACCCGCUAGCUCCCCUCCGCGCUCCCCUCCGCCCCCCUCCGCCAAGCCCAACCCCGGACAGAACCCCCCUCCUCCCCCGCCUAAGGGGGGAGGAGGGGUUACGCCAGGGGGGGAUGGGGAGGAAGAGGCGGAUGGGGAAGGGGAAGGGGAAGGGGAAUGGUACGAGCUACCUCCUAACGUGCCGUCGUCCAGUAAGCCGGUGCCACCUGGCACUGGUGGCGUGUAUGACGUCAGGAGCUUUGGAGCCAAGGGGGACGGGAAGAGCAACGAUGGCAAGGCUAUAGAAGCAGCGUUCGCUGCUGCUUGUGCUGCUUCCAUCAACAGCAGCACAGGAAGUGGAGGAGGGGACAGUACAGGCCAGGGUGUCCCAACAGUGCUGAUUCCGGGUAAAUACACCUUCCACAUCAUGGGUGUUUCCUUCCUUGGCCCCUGCGGGCCUUCAGGCGUGAACGUGCAGCUGGACGGUAACAUCACCGUGCCUCAGAACCCAAAGGUCUACACCGUUCCCAAGAAUGGCCCCUUCACGAUUCUCUACUUUAAGGGGAUCACAGGGCUGAAGGUGUAUGGGAGUGGCGUGGUGGACGGGCGAGGGCAGCUGUUCUGGGAGCAGAAGGGGAAGGGCGAUCGGCCCAUGCUGCUCUAUUUCUUCCGGUGUAAUCAGACCGUGCUCAGUGGCAUCACGCUUAGGAACGCGGCUUUCUUCCACGUGCAGAUCUUUCGGUGCGCCAACAUGCGCAUCUUUGAUUUCCGCACGGACUCACCAGCAGAGAGCAUCAACACGGACGGCAUCCACAUCUCCUCCUCCCUCAACAUCGACAUCCGACGGUGCACGCUCGCCGGGGGUGAUGACAACGUGUCCAUGUGGGAUGGCGCUGUCGGCGUGACUAUAUCGAAUGUCACGUGCUUCACGGGCCAUGGCAUCUCCAUCGGCGCGCUAGGGAGCGGCACCGUGUAUCCGGUCUCCUGCGUGUCGGACAUAUCAGUGAGGGACGUGCGAUUCGUCAACACCAAGAUAGGCCUGCGCAUCAAGACCUUCCAGGGAGGAUCCGGGAAGGCCAGCAACAUCAUUUAUGACGGAAUAUCCAUGGAGAACGUUCGAUAUCCAAUCGUCCUCGACCAGGUGGGUUGUGCAUUCUGUGAAGUCCUUUUGAGGCGCCUCGGAAGUCAACAUCGUGUGUGA